AUGCCAUUAUCACUUUUUGGCUUCAUUGUGCUUCUCAAACCUUAUCCUCCCUCCAUCCCCCAUCUCACCUGUGACUCAACCACUCCAACCUCUCGUCGCUCUUGCCUGGGGUUGCAGAUUGACAGGGCAGUUGUGCUGUUUGGGAAGCAUGCUGUGGUUGCUCCAGCCUUCAUUGGCACUCUAGCAGGCUGUGGGGGUCGCCUCAUCUUGGACCUCGUUCUUUCUCUCCUCACUCCAUCGCCUCCCUCUCACGCUGAGCUCCUCUACCCUUCCUGGCUCUCCCGCUCGGCAUUCCUCAUGGCACUGGGCUACACCCUGACCGUCCACUGGACCACCUGCUGCACCUCCCAGGCUGCCUUUGCUGCCAUCGCCUCCCUCCUCAUGGCCCACAGCACAUGGGAGGUCGUUUCAGGCUCGCCUUGGGACCCCACUGCACCGCUCUCCGCCCUCUUCCACUCCCUGCUGUGCAUCCCACUCCCUCCUGCCACCCUCCCAUCACCCAAGCCCCAUGCCCCUGACUCCACCACCACACCAUCAGCACUUCCCCACCCUCCAGCCCAACUUAACGGCCACAGCAGCGGCAGAGGGCAGGGUGGGUGGCAGGGCACGCAGCAGCAGAGGCGAGUGGAGGAAGAGAGCAGCGGUGGCAUGGGGAGCAGUGCUGUGCGGGACAAAGCAGCCCGGCACAGGAAGCCCCAGCGGGCGUGA